GCGUCCUUAGAUGUAAACAAAUACGUGACUUAGUUAAAAAUUUAUGUCUAUUGUAUUGGCAUUUCACAGUGACCGGCUUAUACGUUAAUAUAGUAGUAGUCAAAAAUGAGUUCCCCGCUUUCAAGUCUAAAGAAACCACAGAAAAAUCCGCUUCUUUUAGGUUCCAGAAGUAUGCCCUUCAGGAGCGCCGCCUACUCUGAAGAUGAGAGUCGUUUACUUGAUGAAAUCACCAACAACAUGGCAGCCAGUAGACUGAAGGCUAGUCACACCAGAGCUGACCCCUUCCAUGGGGGACUGCCUAAACUGGACACUUCCCGAUCACACGUCACUCACAGUACACCCGUCCCCAGGAUCAACAAUCCACCACUGGAGAGAUUGAAAUCUUCGUCAUCAUUUAUUGAUGACACGCCCCCUGAUAACGCUACAUUUUUGACAGCUCCCCCUAGUGACCAGGAAUUGAUGUCCUCCAUGAUGGCCCGUAUCAGUAUACUGGAACAGAAAGUCCAGACCCAGACAAAAGAACUGACAGAAAAGGACAAGAAAAUAAAGAUCCUGGAGGACAAAGUGAACAUAAUGAAGAAAGCUCAAGGAGACAUGUCCCCCCGGGAGUCUCGAGAAUUGGAGAAGAAAUGUCUGCUGCUUCAGCAACAAGUUCAUGAAAUGGAGGCGUUUUUGGCGGACUACGGUAUGGUGUGGGUGGGGGAGAGGAUUGACACAAGCUCUGCCUACUACAAUGACAAGUCAUCAGCUGACAGUGACAGCGAGAGUGAGGAGGAGCUCUGGAGGCCAGAAACUUCUCUGUCCCACAAUGUCCCUGCCCCAGUGACUACUACUACAAGAUCUGACACUGUCCAAUCAGAAUUCAAAGUGGACUAUGACAAAAUCAUAGAAAACAUCAAAGACCUGAAUGUACUGGCAGGAGAAGGUGUGUCCAAAAUCCAGCACACCAGUGAUGGGGCUAGAUUAAGGCUUCCUGAGCCAGUUCCCCUGGUUCUGUAUGCUAAUGGCAUCAUGCUAUUCAGUGGACCAUUUCGACCUUUCACUGACCCCGUCACACAACAGUGUGUACAGGACAUCCAUGACGGAUACUUCCCAUCAGAGCUACAGAAUAAGUUUCCAGAUGGAGUCCCUUUUGUUGUCACAGAUUAUAGAGAAGUGUACUUCAAGGAUACUAGACGAGAAGUGUUCCAUGGCACUGGUCAGGUGUUGGGAGGGGAAACCAGGCCAUCUAGACUGGUUCCCGACUCCAAAACAGGAGAGAAAAGCCAUGACACUACCCCAAAUAACACACCAGAAAACACACAUCUCAAAAUCGCUACAGAGCUACCAGGAAAGAAGAUGACAGUGGGCCAGUUCCUUCAGAAAUUGCCCAAGUCUGUUAUAAAAGAUGGAAAAGUCAUUGACAUACGGAACUCUGUAGGGGAAAACUUUAAGGAUGUUAAAACCAGUCAGGGAGUCACAGUGGUGGAGACAGAUACAGUCCGAGACAUCAAAAAGAGACUUGAUGAAGAUGAAGGCAGUCGACCAAUGACACCCAGAAACAUCACCACACUACGUGUCAAAUCUGACACGGGGAAUCACACAUAUAUACUGAAAAUGAAAUUCCACGAGACGAUACGAGACUUACGAAAAUAUAUAGAUCUACAAAGGCCAUUGAAUUCCCCAUCAUACAACAUUGUCUCAGCAUAUCCCAGUAAGACUUUUGAUGACGAGAAAAUCACGCUGCAGGAAGCGGGACUCACACCUAAUGCUGUGUUACAUUUACGAGUGAAAAAGUGAUCAGAGUUAACUUGAUCUUUUAAGUCUCUUCAUGGUUGUGUGAAUGCAAGGUCACAGUGAAUUCCUCAUGUUUUAUGUGAAAGCAUUUAACUUUAAUGGGUGAAAAACCAUUGUGACUGAUCAGUAUUGUUUUUUGUUUUUUUUUUUUUAAAAAACAGCAAGCUUAUGAAUUUCACCAGCUGUAGUUAAUUUCACAACUGCUACAGCGUUGUUGCAUUCCAAAAAUUUUCUUGUGCAAUGGGGAUUUUUUUUUUUUUCAUAUUUUCAAAUAUCAUAUGUAGCUUAUGUGAUUUUCCUGUGAUAAACAUUUUUUAAAGAAAUAUUUUUUAAUUUAAAUCAAACUGACAUAAAAACUGUGAUGAUAUACUGCUGUCAUAUCCU